GCAGGCGGGCGGCGGGCAGCGGCGCGGCGCCUGACCGCAGGGCUCCGCUCCGCUCCCGAGGAUGCUGCGGGGCGAUGCCCGGCGACAGGGAGGACGAGAUCUGCCAGAAAGCGCUGCAGCUGCUGGCCGAGCUGUGCUCCGUCGGGGCGGUGGAGAACGAGAACUGCCGCGAUUUCAUCUACUACCUGCGGGACAGAGCCCGGCCCCGCCUCAGCGACUCAGACAUCUCCAUCAGCCUGCUGUCCCUGGUUGUCACCGCCUGCGGCCUGGCCCUGUUCGGCGUGUCCCUGUUCGUGUCCUGGAAGCUGUGCUGGAUCCCGUGGCGGGAGCGGGGGUUGCCCUUCGGGAACAAGGACAGCAAGCAGGAGCCGCUGCACUACGCGGGCGCGGAGCCCAAUGAGCGCGACUACAGCGAGGAGUUCCUGGGGCAGCCCGCCGCCUUCCCCGAGGCCUCCAUGAAGAUCAGCCACACCUCCCCGGACCUGCCGCUGGACACCCAGGCGGGGGACAAGGAGAACUGCGUGCCCAACGUGCGCAUGCAGCGCCAGACCACCGAGCCCACCUCGUCGGCACGGCACAACUCGCUCCGGAGGCAGCUGAACCUGUCCAACCCUGACUUCAACAUCCAGCAGGUGCAGAAGCAGGAGCAGCUGACGGGCAUCGGCCGCAUCAAGCCCGAGCUGUACAAGCAGAGAUCCCUGGACACGGAUGACGGCCGCAGGAGCAACAGCAAGGCCUGUGGAAAACUCAACUUCAUCCUCAAGUAUGACUGUGACCUGGAGCAGCUGAUAGUGAAGAUCCACAAGGCCGUCAACCUGCCCGCCAAGGACUUCUCUGGAACUUCGGAUCCCUACGUGAAGAUCUAUCUGCUCCCCGACAGGAAAACAAAGCACCAGACUAAAGUGCACAGAAAGACCCUAAAUCCAGUGUUUGAUGAAGUUUUUUUAUUUACUGUGCCCUACAAUGAUCUCAACACAAGGAAACUCCAUUUCUCUGUGUAUGACUUUGACAGAUUCUCCAGGCACGACUUGAUUGGCCAAGUGGUAGUGGAUAAUUUUUUAGAUUUGGCAGAUUUUCCCAGGGAAUGUAAUAUUUGGAAGGAUAUUGAAUAUGUCACCAAUGAUAACGUGGAUCUUGGUGACCUUAUGUUUUCGCUCUGCUACCUUCCAACAGCUGGUAGACUAACUAUUACAAUAAUAAAGGCAAGAAAUCUAAAGGCAAUGGAUAUCACAGGAGCAUCAGAUCCCUACGUGAAGGUUUCUUUAAUGUGUGAAGGAAGGCGGCUAAAGAAAAGGAAAACUUCCACCAAGAGGAACACCCUAAAUCCCGUUUACAAUGAAGCCAUAGUCUUUGACGUCCCUCCAGAAAACAUUGACCAAAUUAACUUGUCGAUAGCUGUUAUGGAUUAUGACCGUGUAGGUCACAAUGAGGUCAUUGGAGUUUGUCAAGUAGGCAACGAUGCAGAGAGUCUAGGUCGCGACCACUGGAACGAAAUGCUCUCGUACCCUCGGAAGCCCAUCGCUCACUGGCAUCCUCUCGUGGAGGAAUCAAGUGGGGGAGGGUGUCCAGCGCAUCCAGGCUGUGCAGAGAAAUACAUACACAGCAUAUCAUUUUGGUUCCUGAAUCAGGAUUAGACUCAGCGAGAGCUUCUGGAACCUCUGUGGCCACAGCCAUAGGACCCUGAAUAUUUGCUGAAUAGGACCCUCAGUCUUCUACUGUGUGAAGAGCUAUUGGUUUCAAAUAGCGUGAUGUUAUCCACUUGUAGCAUUAAUUCUCCAGCUGACACUACUGCUACUGAUAGAUUAUUUGUAUGGUCGUAAGCAUUACCCAAAUUGGAGUCAUCAUUUCUGUUCAGUAGAAUAACCCAGGUUUACAAGCAAAAUGAUAGCAAUGUAAACCAACAAAUAUGGGAAGCAGCAACAAAUAUUGUCCUUGUACUUGCAAAAAAGGUGCAGUAUUGUGAAUGAUUAGCUUUCUUAGUAUUUUUUUUUCAAGAAUGAUUGCCAUCAGAUACUUAUUUUUUGAUGACAAGUUGCGUCCUCAGUCUCAGCUGGUGCCUCCUUUCACCUGACGUGAAAACAAAUUAAUAUGGUUCCUUGCAGAAAUCCUUCAAAUCUGAAAAACUGUAAAAGAAGUUCUGCUGGGUGAGAACAAGAUGCAUAUGGUAUUUGUAAUGACAGCAUGUUCUUUGAGGGAGGAGAUAACCAUCUGUAUAACAUGGAGGUUGUUAGUCCUCAACCUUUGUGGAUGAUUUUCCAGUCAGCGUUUCUGAGUCGUGUCCACGGCACUGCAGACUGUUGGAAGUGUGUCCCAGGUGGCAAUGCUGGAUCAUACAAACACACACACACACACCCCCAUGCCGUCUGAAAAUGCUGUUCCGAAUAUAUAGUGCCUGUGAAGACUUCCUUUAUUAUUUGUGGUAGAGUUAGCAGGGCUGUUUUACAUGAUGGUAUACUGUAAAUUCUGACAAAUUCUGACCAUUAAAAGAAAAUGAAUCAAAGCACUGCAUUUUGUCACGUAAUGAAAUUUGUACCCCGAAGCAGGAGACCCUGGAAUAAAUUUUUCACCACUCAUUCAGCCAUGCAUGGAGUUCUCUCAUCCUCCAGUGUCUUCUGCAGAGAACUUGACUCACAUCUUUACGUGGGAAUUUUUUUGUUUAAAAGAUGCAAAUGCAAAAUAUGGAUGUUUUAUACAAUACAGCUGUCUGCUGUGUACUUACAGAGAGGGAGCCCUGGUCAUUAGAUAGAGUUCAGAUAAUUUUAUGUGCACACACAUUGCUUCUCAUCUUGUAUGUGAUCAGUGUUCACCAAGCAUUUUGGACCUGCACCACUGCUGACACAAAUAUGCAUGCACAGAUUUGAAGAAAUAUCUAACAUUUUGGCCUCAAGUCUAAAAAAUUAGUUUUAUAACCUAUCUAUGAGGAUCUUCCACAAAAUCAGAAUUGCUUUUGGGUAAAGAAUAUCUUGGAACUUGCAGGAGAUCUUGGAUCUGCUGUAAAUGUAUGCUGCAGGUAUAAAUCAGCCAACAGCUCAAAGGGACAUCAGCUGAAAAGUGGUAUUAUUAUAAUUGCCAGUGGGUUGCAGUUCUUCUGUUUUAUUACAAUGCUCAGUUUAUUUAAUUUAUCAAAAGAAUUAUUUUGAACAGAGUUCUUCUAAAACACGGAAAGAUAUCUCUGUGACCGUCAGCAUUUCAAGUGGAAUCCAGCAGACUUCAAAGGCUUAGAGAUGAGGAAAACCCCCUAAAUUUAUUGAAUUCUCCUAAUUUUUGCUCAUGACUUGCAAACUGUUACUCAGGCUGUGGCAUUACUAUGUGCUUUUUACAAAUACCUGCCUUAUCAUAGUAGUGCAUCUAUAGAGUGAUAGAGAUUUUAUAUAUUUGGAUACUUCACUCUUCACCUUUAAACUCAACCAGUGAUAUUCCCUAGACCCUAAAUAUUUUUCUGUUCUGGUUCUGGUUGGCCAGUAGACUGCUGCUGUCUUUGGGCUGUAUUACAAUAAUACCACAGCCUGGAAGGAAUGGAUAAUUCUGCCACAAACUCAACUGGAAACCCAGGGAAAGCUAUGGUCCCAAUGCUGCUCAGUCUUUCUUCUCUGAGCUGUGAUUCCCAGUGGUAAUCACCAGUAGGCUCACAAGAAUGAUUUCAAAGCUGAAACCCUCAUUUAUUUUCUUAUUUGCUGUGAAUGCAUUAUUACACUGUGUGACAAGUAUGGUAACUCUAAAAUAGGAAAGAGAAUCGCUUAGAAAUGCAUCUCAGCAAGAUUUUAAUCCCAUUUUGCUCUUUAACAACCUGCUAUUAAAUUGUUACCUCUAGUUUUCCAUAACAAGCCUCUGUGUCAGGUGCUGUUCUGUGACAAAGCAGUGAGUGGCAAUGGGAAAACCUUCAGAGUUACUGACAGUGAGGCCGAGUGCCGUGGACAGUGCCCUGAUAUUCCCAUGACAAAACACUCACAGCACAACUCCUCUGCAGCUGAGUGCACACGUAUCUCUGUGUCUGCUUCCACUGAAAUCACAAGACAUUAAAAGCAUUGCUGUUUUCUUUCGUUUUGCUUUUCCCUGCAAAAAGCCCUGGCGGUGCGUAAGCAAAUAUUCAUCUCAAUCUGGGACAGCAGGGACUACCAGAACAGAAAAACAAUAUGCAGCAUAAAAAGCCCAGUGUUACAAUUGUUCUCACCAGCCAUUGCAUGGCUCAGUUUUCCGUGCCAGCAGAUCCAUAAAACACAAAAGCAGCACAUGUGAGACAGUUGUUACAUAGAGGUACAAUCCAAUUGCUCAUAGGGGAACUCCUGGAUCAACACAAAAUGAAACAACAGCAAAGGACAAUGCAAAAGAAUUA